CCGACCGGACUCCAGACACCGACACUCCUCGUCCCAUGGACACGCCCACCACAUCGCUAACGCACACGCAUCCCGCAUAAAAAUACACGUCGAAGCCGACAAAAACUUGCAAAGACCGGACGGCAUUGUCGCCAGCACACCUCGUUUCCGGGUGUCGGCUGGAUUUUUUCCGGUUUUGCGAAAAAAGUGGGAGUGCUGUGCUUUUGCAUUAAAUAUGAUCCGGUUCCCGGAGUUUGAAAAAGCGAUCCGGCCAAGUUUUCCGAAGUAAAAGCGUGCUCUGUGUGGACGUACUCGGGAUUUUUUCGUGAGUUUUUUAACAAGAGAUUCAAGAUGUUCGUUGUGGAAGGAAAGGGUAACUUCCGGACGCCCUUCUUUCUCACCGUUACGGCUCUGCAUAUAUUAGUCGAUUGCUGCGCUGGUCUGCGCCUCACCAACAUGACCGCCCCCGCCUUGCAGGAUCCCCGCAAGGACAUGAAAUUACACUGCCGCUUCGAUAUGGGCGGAGAGGAGCUUUACGCCGUCAAAUGGUACAAGGACGACCACGAGUUCUUCCGUUACACACCUGCUGCCACCGUCACCAUCACUCAGUUUCCUGUGAUCGGGGUGCACGUCGACAAACACAGCAGCAAAUGCAUGCCAGAUGGGUGCGACCUACUGCUCAAAGAGCUGUCCAGGCCCCAGAGUUCUGGAGCUUAUCGAUGUGAAGUAUCUACCGAAGCACCAGCAUUUAGAUUAGCUUCGCAAACACACAACGUUACAGUGGCAGCUGUCCCAGAAGACCGACCUAAAAUUGAAGGUAUCUCCGACUCCUAUCUCAUCGGAGACCUCCUCAUCGCUCAGUGCACCUCCGGUCUCGGCGACCCCAAGCCGCUCCUGACCUGGUAUGUGAACAAGCAACCAAUGACAGGAAAGUCAGUCCGAGAACUAAAUUCUGCUUUCGUGACGGAAACCCAUAACGAUCGCAUCCACCUCAAGAGCACGACAACCCAGUUGAGGCUCCUUCUGGACAAGAAGCUCGUCCAAAAUCGUCCCAAGACCCCCCUGGAGGUCACAUGCGAGUCCUCCACAGAGGGCAUCAACCAAGCAGUGGCGCCCCCGUUGUCGUCCACGAAAAUCGUCAUGAUUUUAGACCAGAACCAGCUGGUGAACAAUCAAAAGCUUCACUCUCCCUACUCGGGAGGCUCGAAAACGACUGAGAAAAUCGCCAUUGUUCUCUUUUUGGUAAUAUUUGUGAGGUGGUGUUGAUGAGUCGGUAAGACAGGAAUUUGGGUAUUUUUUUUAUGGACGUUCUUCAUUUUUUACGGUGUGUCAUGUGUUUUUUAUUAAUGAAAGUCAUAUCACCGAUCCUCUAUAGGCACUAUUUAUUAUUAGACCAAAAGUUUUUCGAUAUUAUGAUAAUAAUGUGAUACGAUAUUCGAAAAAACUAUGGUUAUGUUAGCUCAAGUAUCCUUCAUUUGUUAGGGACAUAAUGGUUGUUAGUGAUGAAUAUGAUCAGGAUGGUUGUGAAGAGGUUUGCUUUUUGUAAAUUUCUAUCGAAGUCGUUAAGUUUUAAGGACUUUAAUCUUGGUAUUUUUAAUAAUGUCUCAAAUUGCUUCGCUGGCCUAACUCCAACUGCCUUCUUAACUUUUUUUUCAUAUAUUUUAUAAAAUAUUCAAUAAUUAACAAAUUAUUCAAACUACCACAAUAUAAAUACAUCCUCCUAUGUGUCUUAUAAAGAAAAGUGAGUUAUGAUUUUCCCAAGCAAGAAAGCACUAUUAACUUUCCGUCCUAAAAUGGUAAGUACAAAAUAUAUCUCGCACUGACGUUUUAUUAUUUAAUACUGAUUGAUUAGGGGGGCUGUAUAUAAGUAAACUAUAGUCAUGUUAAAAUUUUCAAUGACAUAAUUACCAGAUAAAAAAUUUUCUUUCAUAGCAGCUACUUUGUGUCAAAAAUAUAUACUUUUCUCUCGUGUUACACACAAAUUUCUUUCUAUUGCAGUUAACAAAAUGUUAAAUAUUUUAAGUUUUUGGUUGUUGUUACAAAAUCUUAACUAACAUUUAAUUAACAGAGGUACUCUUUUCAGCCCGGUCCGACCCGGUCCGGUCCAGUUCAUUCCGGUUCAGUCGACUUUUAAGUCCAGUGGACAGUUAUGUUAUUUUCGGGAGAGUUUGGAAAAACUGGAGCAGUGUCAAACCGGGCGAUCCUGUGAGCUCGGUUGUUCUGAUCUCGUACCUCGAGCUUCGGACUUCAGUAGACAAAAACUAAUACUUCAGGAUACGCACAUCAAAUUCAGAACUGCGGGCACCCGCUUUGUGUCGGACCUCCAAUUUCGCACCUAAAUCGAGCUUUGAGUUUCUUGGACGGACCUUGAGGGUUGGGCCCCAAGCUUUGGAGAGACCCUCUGCAUUAGUAAGUGGAACCGGGCCGGGUCGAAACAAAUAAAGGAUGAUAUUGUAUACCUUUAAGAAAUAGUUCUGUCUUAAGAAAGCAGACGGUGAACUAAAUUUCAGUAUUUCUUAGGUGUAUGCUUUAAUUUAUGGAAAACUCAUUAUUAAUUUGUAUAUCCAUCGUCUUCCAAGCCUUGAUGCCUUUCAAAUUUUUAUGAAGAUGUGUAGGGAAGGGUGGGGCCAGACGGGCCACCUAAAUUUUCAGUUACAUUAAAACACCCAAGGACGAAUCUUUGAUGUUUUGUCUUUUAUAUAAAGUACACAAAAUAUUAAAUAUGUUGUUGAAAAACAGCUCAGUUGGCAUUUUCUAUAGUUUUUAACUAUUCUGUCGUUUUUUACUUGAGUUCAUUUAAUAAAAAGACAGAAACGUAAGCAACACUGUAAAAGAAGUGAUUGUCACUUCUUCCAUACACAAAAGUCUGGUCAAACACCGCGUAUAGAUUUGAAGAGAGUUGUGAUUGUACCUCAUCUUGACCCAACAUGCCGUUUUGAUCCACCUUCCCUAUUUCUUUUCAUAUCAAGAAUCUGUAGAUACAACUGAUUUGGAUUUGACUUUUCUCGGUCAUAUUUAUUUUUACAAACAAGAAAAACGCGUUUUAGUACAGACUAGAAGCUUUUUGUUUUUAAACAAACAACUUACAACCACAGAUCCAUGGAUAUAAAGUCCCAGUUUUUUAAGGUGAGACUAUAAAUUACUUUGUUGUCUUUAUUUGAUAGGUUCUGGUGCAUUAUUUACGAAGAAAGCUCAAUACUAGCAGUUAUUAGUAAGCUAAUAGUCAGUGACACUCAGUUGAUCAUAUGUUGUUUUUCAAUUGAAAUUAUGAUUUCGGAUAGUUUUAUAUGUAGCUGCUAAAAAGAGUUUAGUAAUUUUACACAAAUACAUGCGUAGAUUUUUUUUUUGAAAAUUCCAACAAAUCUUUUACCAGUUGCUUUAAUAAGGUAGAAAGGAGAAUACUAAGAAUUUAAUAAAAACAGAAGUAAUUGCUGUAUUUUUGUUUAAUUCUGAAAACAACGCUAAUUAAAAAAAAUGUAGGCAGUUAGUCUGUGAAAAUAUAUUUUUAACUCCGUUGCAGCCUGACUAUAGUUUACCUGUAUUUAAAGCACCUCCUCCGUAAACCCUUCCGGAAAACGAUUCUGUCACAAAAAUACAAAGAAACGACUUGAUUUUUGAUUUGUGUGGACAUUUUGAGGAGAUAUAUCGUCCAAAAACGGUCGUAUUUUUUUCACGUUAAAUCACCGCUAGAUAAAUCAAAACCCUAGCGACCAGAUAAACUAUUCCAAACGUAUUUCCAGCUCAGCAAUUUGAGACAUCCUGUAUAAUUUUUUCCACGUCUCUAAGAUUACGUUUUGCGGCUCGGACUACCCGUUUUUGUUCCUCCUUCAUUACCAUAAACAUCCUUCCACCAUAGUCGAAUCGUGGAGUUAAGCUCUGCGCCACCCACCCCAUCCAUAUUUCCCCAUGCCGCAGGGCCGUAAUUUAGGUUGCUCCACAAAUCUUUGUUAAAUAAUGUGAUCCUAAAUUUCCAACGAUGUAAAUAAUAGUAGAUAUAUGUACAUACUUGAAUACCACACUUGGCAAUAAUCCUAUAAGUAUUAUGUUCAAGUAGUUACUUCAUGUAAAUGUACUGAAUAAAUCAUUUUAAUAAUGUUUGCACGACGUAAUGACCCAGAAUAAAAUUAAUAGCCCGGUCCUGGACGCUGCGACACGACGUAUUUAUGCUACAACGAACGAUCUUCUUGGCACGCGCCGAAGGCAGGCCAGGACUGGGGUGAGACGCCAAGUGGGAAAAUUUGUAGACACCUCAGUAAAAACAUGAGAAAUUUACGGCUGCGGCUAUGAAUUCAAAUAAAUUAAAAAUGUUCGAAACUGUGUAACACUUUUUCCCAUUUGGGUCAUUCUAGACCAACGGCAAGCGAAACAUUUUUAGAUUUAAGAUUUUAUAUUCAUCUGGCCAAAGUGAGGUUCACGUAUGAACACAAAUACAUAUCUCUAAUAUUCGAAGAAUUGCUUCAAAACUAACAGCAGAUUUAACUCAAAACGCAAUAUCGCUUUUAAUCCUAUUUUUGAUUUCGUACAAAAUCGCUUUAACGAUUAAAUCAAAUUUAUGUUAAGAAAAUAACAAUUUUCGAAGUUUUGAGUCAGGUUAGUUGUCAGUUUUUCGCAAUUUCUUCUAAUCUUAGAAAUAUUUCUAGUUCAGUGAACAAUUUUUGGCGAAAUUAAAUUUUCGCUUGCUGUGUCGGCACAGAAUGGCCCAUUUCGCCAUUUUGUAGAGGGUGAGAACCGUGCAGGCGUUUAUUUUUGCACAAAUGGUGAAAUUGUACAGCACGUAUUUUACACAUACACACAAUGUAAACUUUUAGGCCGUAAAAUAAUGUAACGAAGUAAAAUUUGAGUUAGAGGCGAAGUGACAGCACUGCGCCACUAAUUCGCUUAAACUCACCAAAUUCGAACAAGUAAAACUAAACUCAACUAAUUAAGUGUUUGCUAAGAGUAAAACCAUAAUGUUAAGGCCAAAUACACUAAAAUUAUAAAAAAUAAAAAUCUAUUUGUGAUGAUGUUUAUGAAAAUUAUUGUAUUAUAUUGAAGAUGUUAAUAUACGA